AUGUCUACAUAUUAUGAAUCGAAAUGCAAAAUGAAUACAUUAUUAUCAAACCACGGUAGGAGGUGGAGGCGGGUGGAGGCGGGCGCGGCGGGGCCAGCCCGGCGCCGCUCCGAUGACUACAUUAUCACAAGACAAAUAACUAUACGAGAGCACCUUAUAAUUGUAGAGAUCACCGCACCUCAGGAUGAUCGACGGCCAUUAGAUGGCGCCACUAAUGUACAA